AUGGCAAAUACACUUGUUUCUGGCCUUGCCAACACCAUCUUGGGAAACUUGAGUUCUCCGGCACUGCAAGAAUUAGGGGCAGCUUGGGGCCUAAAGGAUGAGAUCCAGAAACUUAAGAGUACUUUCACUGCAAUCCAAGCUGUGCUUCAAGAUGCUGAGGCUAAGCAAACCAAGAGUAAGGCUCUGCAGGAUUGGCUGAGUAAGCUUAAGGAUGCAGCUUAUGAUGUCGACGAUAUCUUGGAUGAGUUUGAGACCGAAGCUCUCAUACGAAAGGAAGACCAUCAAAGAGAUAUAAGGGAGAGAUUAGAUACCAUUGCAGAUGAGAGGGAUAAGUUCCACUUGAAAGAGGGUGUUACAGAUUCACAAGUUUAUGACAUGGAGAGAAGGCAAACUGGCUUCCUUGUGAAUGAAUCAGAAAUUUAUGGUAGAAAUGAGGAGAAAGAAAUGAUAAUUGAUGUGCUGAUUAACAAUUUGAGCAAUCAAGAUGAUGUCUCCGUCUAUGCUAUAUGGGGUAUGGGGGGACUUGGAAAGACCACUCUUUCUCAAUUGCUCUACAAUGAUAAGAGGGUAGAGAGACACUUUGAGUUGAGGAUUUGGGUGUGUGUAUCUGAUGAUUUCAGCAUACUACGGCUGAUGAGGGCAAUCAUUGGGUGGAUAGAAUGUCGUGCGUGCGAUAUCACAGAGUUGGCUCAACUAGAGCGACGCCUCCAAGAAAAAUUGAGUGGGAAGAGAUUUUUACUUGUGCUGGAUGAUGUGUGGAACGAAUACCAUGAUAAGUGGAAUGGACUCAAAAAUGCACUAAGGUGUGGAGCGAAAGGUAGUAUGCUUGUGGUAACCACUCGAAGUGAGAAAGUUGCUCUUAUGAUGGCUACGCUUCCAAUAUUUAACCAGAGAUGUUUGUCGGAGGCUGAUUCUUGGAGCUUAUUCAAGCACCGUGCAUUCGGGAUUGGAAGGAGGGAGGAGAACUUAGAGUUGGAAAAAAUCGGCAAGGCAAUAGUGAAGAAAUGUGGCGGGGUGCCCUUGGCAAUAAAGGCUCUUGGAAGCUUCUUGUGGUUUAAAAACAACAUAAGUGAAUGGUUAUCUGUGAAAGAAAGUGCAACUUGGGAUUUAGCAGAUGAUGAAAAUGCCAUCGCACCAGUCCUAAGGCUAAGUUAUGACAAUAUAUCUCCAUCUUUGAGGCAAUGUUUUGUUUAUUGUUCAAUAUUUCCCAAAGACUAUGCAAUGGAGGUGGACAUGCUGAUAGAGCUUUGGAUUGCAAACGGCUUCAUUCACUCUAAAGGAGAAACAGAUCUGUAUCGUAUGGGCCGUGGGAUCUUCAAUAAUUUGGUUUGCAGGUCUUUCUUUCAGGAUGUCAACGAGGGCUACAUGGGUCGCUUGACAUGUAAAAUGCACGAUCUGAUGCAUGAUCUUGCAAUGUCUAUUAUGACACAAGAGUGCUAUAUAAUAGAGCCUUGGAAGGAGCUGAAAAUUCCAGAAAAAGUUCGCCAUUUAUCUUUUUAUGGGAACUCAGAUUGGGAGGUUCCUCGAUACGAAGAUGUGCGAAAAGUGCAAUCUUUACGCUCCAUUGUAGUUCUAUCAUGGCACAUGAACGGGAAGGAUAUUGCUACCUACAUCUCAAAACAAAGUAAUCUGAGAGUGUUGGACUUGAAUAACUGUUACUUGAACAAAGUACCAUCUUUAAUUGGGAAUUUGAAACAUCUUCGGUACCUCAACAUGUCGAACUCUAGGAUCAAAACCUUACCUGAUUCAAUGACUUGUCUGCAAAAUCUACUGACAUUGAAGCUGAAAUAUUGCGGGCAACUUGGUAAAUUGCCCAAAGGUAUGAAAAAUUUGAGAAAUCUUAGAUGUCUUGACAUUAGAGGAUGUGAUUCUCUUGUUUGUAUGCCUGCUGGACUCGGGCAGUUAAGACACCUACAGACUUUAAGCAUCUUUAUUGUGGGUUCGGACCGUGGUCAACAAAUAGGCGAGCUGAAAGAAUUAAAUCUUAGUGGUGAGUUGACCAUCAAGGGACUCCAUAAUGUAAGAGAUUCAGAGGACGCAAGAAGUGCCAACUUAAAGAGGAAGCAGGAUCUUUGUGCUUUGAUAUUGGAUUACGGGGAUAUCAAGACUGACAACUUACUAGAUAAUGAUGAAGAAAUUCUUGAUGGUCUCCAACCUCAUCCAAAUCUAAAGAAGUUGAGCAUACGGUCGUAUCAAGGCUUGAAGUUUCCUAAUUGGAUGCUAGAUUUGGAACUUCAAAAUCUGAUUGAAAUCUCUCUAGAUGGAUGUAAGAGAUGUGAACAUCUUCCACCUCUCGGGAAACUACCCUCCCUCAAGGUUCUUUCUAUUGUUGCAAUGGAUGCUGUUAAGUGUUUCAACAAUGACUGCUAUGGAGAUGGGGAACAAUCAUUUCCAGCACUAGAAGAGCUCUAUUUGAUGCAUAUGCCUAGUUUGGAGGAAUGGACAACAGUUGAUAGAGGAGAAAGUUUUCCUCGUUUGCGGGAAUUAUGGAUCUAUGCAUGUCCCAGGUUGACUGAAUUUCCUUGUAUUCCAUCACUUGGGAAAUUAAGGAUACAAUUCAGCAACGAGAUGCUAUUAAGGUCGGUGAUGGAUCUCACUUCACUUUCCUGGCUUCUAAUAUUUGGGUUUGAUGAGUUGGAGGUUCUUCCAAAUGGACUGCUUCAAAAUCACAAGGUUCUUGAGUUCCUAUCGAUUAUUGGACUACGCAAUCUCAAGACUCUGUCACAUCAGCUGGAUAAUCUUUCUGCUCUGAAACAAUUGACAGUUAAUCAUUGUGAUUCUCUCGAGUAUUUACCAGAUGGACUCAAAAACCUCAGAUCCCUUGAGAGACUCGAGUUACGGGAUUGUGACAGCCUGACAUCCUUACCGGCGACAGGGUUACAAGGCUUGUCUUCCCUGAGGAUGUUGUGGAUACGGUACUGUAAGAAACUAAGUUGUUUAUCUGAAGGAGUAAAACACCUGACUGCUCUCCAGAAUUUGGACAUAAUUGGUUGUCCAGAGAUGACGUUUUUGCCCGAAGACAUGCAACAUUUAAAUGCUCUCCGAGCACUGCGAAUUAAUCAAUGUCCACAUUUGGAGAGGCGAUGCGAGAAAGAGAAAGGAGAGGACUGGCCAAAGAUAGCUCAUGUUCAUGGGAUUUGGAUCAAUGAUCGGAAAAUACAGUCCUUGAUCCCACAUGACUAAAAAUGCAUCUGACGGAACAAUCUUCAUACGAUGGUUGUGGUAGCCAGCAGCGGCUUGUGGAGCACGCAGAUAAAAAUAAACUUUAGAAGGUUGCCAACUUUAUGCAGCAAGCUGAGGAUUGGCUGAGAAAUUUCCAUACAUAUGAUGUGCCCCUGCUUCUGGGAAGAUGCAGCAGUGGUGAGAGUGUAAAUUUGUGUGCCGCCAUGGGAUUAGUUGCACUCGAAGAAACGAUCUCAGCGAUGCAACCAAGGCAAUGGAGAGGCUACUUGAGCCAUUUUUGCUGAAAAGUUGUUCAAAAAUGUUGAUGCCUCCGAUACAGUUGUAAAUCCAUCGUAAGCAUUUCUAUGUCUAACCAUUUCCAGUUGUAUUAAUUAAUUGAUGCACACGUGCAUUUCUUGUAAACUAUUUUAACUUGUAAUAUUAUUCUAAGCUUUCAUUUUCAUCCAAGU